UGGCGUCACUGCUUUACGGAGCAAGAUGGAGAAGUAUGAGAAGAUUAAAGUGGUGGGCAGAGGAGCGUUCGGGAUAGUGCACCUUUGCCGACGAAAAACCGACGGUGCUUUGGUGAUCCUAAAAGAAAUCCCAGUGGAGCAGAUGACACGGGAUGAGCGUCUCUCUGCACAGAACGAGUGCCAAGUCCUCAAGUUACUCAACCACCCGAACAUAAUCGAGUACUAUGAGAAUUUCCUGGAGGACAAGGCACUCAUGAUCGCCAUGGAAUAUGCACCAGGUGGAACUCUUGCAGAUUACAUCCAGAAGCGAUGCAACUCCCCGCUUGAUGAAGACACCAUACUGCAUUUCUUUGUACAGAUUUUACUGGCUCUCUAUCACGUCCACAACAAACUCAUUCUUCACCGAGACCUCAAAACGCAGAACAUCCUACUGGACAAGCAUCAAAUGAUAGUCAAAAUAGGAGACUUUGGGAUCUCCAAAAUUCUAGUUAGCAAGAGCAAAGCUUACACUGUGGUAGGAACACCCUGUUAUAUCUCUCCAGAACUCUGUGAGGGAAAACCAUACAAUCAGAAGAGUGAUAUAUGGGCUUUGGGCUGUGUGCUCUAUGAACUCGCUAGCCUUAAAAGAGCCUUCGAAGCAGCUAAUUUGCCUGCCUUAGUCCUGAAGAUCAUGAGUGGCACCUUCGCCCCUAUUUCAGACCGUUACAGCCCAGAGCUGCGCCAGCUCAUCCUCAACAUGCUCAACCUGGACCCAUCCAAACGGCCCCAGCUGAACGAGAUCAUGGCCAAUCCUAUUUGCAUCCGGCCCCUGCUGAACCUCUACACCGAUAUCGGCAAUGUGAAAAUGCGCAGAAUUGAAAAGCCGCUGUCCACUAUGCAGACAGGCGGUCCUGGCAGACCUGGAAGCCGAAUGACUGGAACCAGAACAAGAGGUGGUUUAUCUAGCUUAAGUUCCACCAAGAUGAUGCACGCUCUGCCCUCAUCGUCAGUCUACACGUGGGGCAGUGGCAUCUCCACACCACUACGUCUGCCCAUGCUCAACACUGAGGUACUGCAGGUCUCACUGGGCCGCACACAAAAGAUGGGUGUCACCAAAUCAGGACGCCUUAUCACUUGGGAGGCUCCCACUGUGGGAUCUUGCGAGGCUUCCCUACCUGGCGCUGUGGAGCAGAUGCAGCAACAGUUCAUCUCUCGAUUCCUGGAAGGACAGUCCGGUGUCACCAUCAAGUCUGUGUCUUGUGGAGAUCUUUUUACCACCUGCAUGACAGACAGAGGCAUAAUUAUGACAUUUGGAAGUGGGAGCAAUGGGUGUCUUGGACAUGGGAACUUUAACGACGUGACACAACCUAAAAUAGUGGAGGCCCUCUUGGGCUACGAGUUGGUUCAUGUGUCCUGUGGUGCCUCCCAUGUGCUGGCUGUGACCAAUGAGAGAGAGGUCUUCUCUUGGGGAAGAGGUGACAAUGGUCGUCUGGGUCUGGGCACUCAGGAUACCCACAAUUCCCCACAGCAGGUGAAUGUCCCAGUAGAUUUGGAGGCUCAGCGAGUGCUGUGCGGGGUGGACUGUUCCAUGGUCAUUAGUACCCAGCACCAGAUUCUGGCCUGUGGAAGCAACAAGUUCAACAAACUUGGACUGGAUAAGAUCAGCGAUACAGAGGAACCCACCUCGUGUUGUCAGAUGGAAGAAGUUCACACAUUUCAGCCUGUCCAAUCAGCGCCGCUAAACGUCGAGACGAUAGUGUACAUAGACAUUGGAACGUCCCACUCCGCAGCAGUCACGGAGCGGGGUGAGUGUUUCACCUUUGGCAGUAACCAGCACGGGCAGCUCGGCUGCAGCUCUCGCCGCAACAGCAGAUUGCCCUGUCUGGUGCCAGGGCUGCAGGGCAUUACCAUGGCAGCGUGCGGUGAUGCCUUCACUCUGGCUAUUGGAUCAGAAGGUGAGGUGUACACCUGGGGGAAAGGAGCCCGGGGCCGACUCGGCAGGAAAGAGGAGGACUCUGGAAUCCCGAAGGCUGUGCAGCUCGACGAGAGCCAUCCAUACACGGUUAUGUCGGUGGCUUGUUGCCAUGGCAACACACUCCUGGCUGUAAAACCCUUUUUUGAAGAACUCGUCCCUAAGUGACCUCACUCACCCCGCAGCAGAAGCAAAGACAGUAUUGAAAGACAACUUCCUUUAAGAACCGUCUGGAAGCUUCAGUGUAAUUACGGACUGAAUGGAAGGACUGACUGUACAAAGUGGUCUGACAAAUACUACAGAGUGCAAUAAUGUCUGAAGGAUGACAUGUUAUGUGAAGACCUCUACUACAGUCAUGUAAUUAUAUAUACAGUUUUAUUGUUUAUAUUUCAACACUGUGUCCUUGUAGAUGCUUCGGCUGUGAAGUGAAGAGCUGCUACAUUGUUUUUAGAUCAUUAAGUCAUUAUGCAACUCACUGGCAGGAUGUCGGACUGGUCCUGUUGGUUUAUUCUAGCACUGUACGUAUCACUUACAUGUCACACAGCUGAUUGACAAACAUAAUCCUUUGACUAAAGAAUGCAGGUUUGCAUUCUUCUGUCAUUAAAUCAUAGACUGUACAUUUCUGCAAGUCAGACGUGUUGUAAAUUAUGUUGAACAUUUGUAAUAAAUGCUUCGUAACUA